AUGCUGGGUUUGACAAGUGAAAAUUUAAAGGUUGUUGGAUUGGCAUUAUUAUAUAUUGUCAUAUCUCUUCUUUCCUUUAGAUUACUCCAAUUUGCUGUUCGUUGGUAUCUUUUUGGUAAAUGUACUUUUAGAACAUUUUCUUAUUUCACCAAUAGAAGAGGUGAAAGUAGGAAUAGUGUUUCAUUACAAGAAAUUCCACCAAAUAAAAAAUGGAGAAUUUCAAAUGAAGUUGUCUCCUUAUUUCAUUCAAUUGUUUCAGGCCUUUGGGCUUUAUAUGCAAUUCUUUAUUAUCCUGAUUUGGUUUCUGAUUUGAUUGGUUAUCAACAUAAAAUCGCAACAUAUUUGGUAUACAUGUCAUUUGGAUAUAUUGUUCAUGAUCUUAUUGAUCUUUUGAUAAAUGAAAGAUCAGUUAGGAUAAUUGAGUUGUUAUUUCAUCAUGUUAUGGUUAUAUCGGCAUUUUUGAUUACCUUAAUUACAAAUAAGUAUCUCGGUUUAGUUACAUUAGGACUUUUAAUGGAAUUAAACAGCAUUUUUCUUCACACAAGAUCGUUAAUGAAUUUAUAUGGAAUCAAAAAGUCUACUGUUGCUUUUAAAUUGAUUGCCUUAUUAAAUAUUGUAACAUUUAUGAUAUUUCGUAAUGGUGUAUCUGUUUAUUUACUUUACUGGAUUAUAUCAAACAUCAAAUAUAUGAAUAUUUUUAUAGGAAUUAUGUCAUUUUUGGUUAUUCUUUCAUUAAGUAUCACUAAUUCUGUUCUUUGCUAUCGGGUUAUGGCUGCAGAUGGAUUAUUGGGAAAAAAUAAACAAAGAUUAGACAUACCAGUUAAGGAGGAUGAAGACACAGAAGAUGAAGAUUCAGUAUCCCCAGAAAUAAUAAACAAUGAUGUGUUAAUUUCAAUUGAUCGUGAGGGUGCAACACAAACUCUAGUCAAUGAAUCUACAUAA